AUGCGCUUCGGCCGAACGCUCCGGGCGGCCGUCUACGAACCAUGGAAAGACAAUUACAUCGACUACGCCAAGCUCAAGGGCCUGCUGCACGAGGACAAUGUCGACGACGAGGGUGUCGUGCCGUGGACGGAGGAGGACGAGAACCGGUUUUGCGACGAAAUCUUCAACGUGCAGCUCGAGAAGGUCGCCCAAUUCCAGCAGGAGCGUGUUGACGCCCUCAAGGUGCGCGCCGACGCGGCGUUCGAAAAGCUCAGGGAGCUCACGCCAGCCGUCGGCGAGGGCCACGGCGUUGGUCCCGACGCGUCGACGGCAAACGAGAUUCAGGCGCCGGGCCUCCGGGAAUUGGAACGAUCGCUCGACGAAAUCACCAACGAGGUGAAGGAGCUGAAGAAGUACAGCAACAUCAACUACACGGGGUUCCUCAAGAUGGUCAAGAAACACGAUCGAAAGAGGGGCGAUCGCUACAAGAUCAGGCCCAUGAUGCAGCUGAGCCUAGCGCAGCGACCGUUCAACUCGGAGCAGGGAUACUCGCCGCUGCUCAACAAGCUAUCCAUCAUGUACUUUGCCAUCAGGCAGCAGCUCGAGGGCGGGGAGCAACCGGCGCUCGACCUCGAGAGCCAGGGAGAGAUGCACAACGGCGAGAAGUACACAGCUCACAAGUACUGGGUGCACCUCGACAACCUGCUCGAAGUCAAGACGCUCAUCCUCCGCCGGCUCCCGACGCUCGUGUACAGCGAAAAGACGGCAAAGGAACUGGACGGCAACGACUCACCGGCCAUCACGUCCCUCUACUUCGACAACGCCAAGUUCGAUCUCUACUCGGAAAAGCUUGACCGGCAGUCCGAGGCCUCGUCGCUGCGACUGCGCUGGUAUGGCCAGCUGAGCGGCCGGCCGGAAAUAUUCGUCGAGCAGAAGACGACGGACGCCAAGGGAAACAGCCAAGAGCACAGGUUCACCAUCAAGGACAAGUGGGUUGGGCCGUUCUUGGAAGGCGAGUACGCGAUGGAAAAGAGUGUGCAGAAGAUGGAGAGGCAGGGCGUGCCGGCUGUGCAGGUCGAGAACUACAAGGCGACGGUGGCCAAGAUUAAGACUUUCCUGCGGCAAAGGAAGCUGUCGCCGGUGCUGCGGGCAAACUACCGGCGGACGGCGUUUCAGAAGCCGGCGGAUGACCGGGUCCGAAUCUCCAUCGACACGGACCUCGCGCUCAUCCGCGAAGACACCAUCGACGACGAGCGGCCGUGCCGCGAUCCAGGCGACUGGCACCGGGCCGAGAUUGACGGCUCCAACAUGACGUAUCCUUUCAAGAACAUCAACCAGAGCGAGGUGUCCAAGUUUCCGUACGCCGUGCUCGAGAUCAAGCUCAAGGAGGAGGUCGACCGCAAGCGCCCGUCGUGGGUGGAGGACCUGAUGGCCUCGCACCUCGUGCACCCGACACCUAGGUUCUCCAAGUUCGUGCACGGCGUGGCCUCUCUGUUCGAGGACCACGUGAACAACCUGCCGUUCUGGCUGAGCGAUCUCGAGAUGGACAUUCGCAAGGACCCGCUGAAGGCGUUUGAGGAGGAGGAGCAGCGUCGGGCGCAGCGGGCCGACGACGCCAUGGCCGUCGGCAGUCUCAUGGGCACGUUGCCGAGCUCGUACAAGAUGGCGAAAAGCUCACCCGUCGACAUGUCGACGCUGGCGGAGCGGAUGGCGGCGGAGCCCAGGUCACCGACGUUGCCGUCUGCCGACAGGAGGGGCACGCUCGCCAACGGCGAGGAGCUGGGCGAGCCGAGCGGGACGCAGGAGCAGGAGCAGGAGCAGGAGCAGGGGUCGCAGCUUAGCAGGGGAUACGGCGCGCUGUCGUCCAUGCUGCCCGGCUUGUCUCUCUCCAAGUAUGCGUCCGCCAGCCGGGCCCGGGCAAAGACCAAGCGGUCGCAGAGCGCUUCGCUCCCGGCCGGUGUCGUGGAGCCGACGCAGUGGAUCAAGAACAUGGGCGAGCUCAAGGUCGAGCCCAAGGUGUGGCUGGCGAACGAGCGGACGUUUCUCAAGUGGCAGCACAUCUGCAUCCUCCAGGGGGGGCUGGCCGUCGGCCUGUACUCGGCAGCGGGCGAGAACGGGUUGGCCGAGGUCAUGGGGGUCACGUACGUCGCCAUCGCCGCCUUCGCCGGCCUGUGGGGAUACUGGAUGCUCCGGGCCCGGAGAAGCAUGAUACUGGAGCGCAGCGGCAAGGAUUUCGACAACAUGUUUGGGCCCAUCGUCAUCAGCGUCGCUCUGAUGGCCGCUCUCGUCGUCAACUUUGUAUUCUCGUACCGCAAGCACACGGCCGUUGCGGACAUGGGUAGCGCGGGCGAGGAGGAUGUGGCAUCAGCGGAGCUAUGA